UCCUUAGUAUUUUGGCUUUUUAAGAAGGAAAGCUUAAACAACCUCCAGAACAUAUUUCUGUUCUCUUUCAAAAAUAAAAUGCAACUCAACAAAAAGUACUAAUAAUAAAGCUGGGAGAUCAACUUCAUGACUUCAGAAACAGAUGUAAACACAAGUGCCUCUCUGCCUGCCGAAGAACAGCCUGAUCCACCUGAUGGCCCCCUUCCUGGCUCAGUCAGUGACCAAGAAAAGAAAGUAAGAUUAUCUCCAGUCAAAAUGUCAACUAAGAACGCUACAGAUAUAGUUGAAUAUGUUGACAAGGGCUGCCCCUUUCUUCCUGCCAUGCCAAGCAACCAAACAAGUCAGCUAGAAGACAGGCUGAGUAACCAGGAGCGCACCGUAGCCUUCCUCCUUGAACAGGCCUUCCGAAUCAAGGAGGACAUCUCUGCUUGCCUCCAUGGAAGCCAGGGUUUUCGAAAAGAAGAAUCUCUUGCCAGGAAGUUACUAGAAAGCCACAUACAGACCAUCACCAGCAUCGUCAAGAAACUCAACCAAAACAUUGAGCUCCUGGAAGACCAAAUAAGAAUCCGAGACCAGGUGGCCACAGGAACUAACUUUGCAGUGCAGGAUCUAAACAUCAAACACAUACAAGGAGUUGGAGACCUUCGGGGAAGAGUAGCCAGAUGUGAUUCAAGCAUUGUGAAGCUGUCCGGAGACAUCCAGUUCAUCAGGCAUGAGUGCCGACAGAUGGAGAAAUCAGUUCAAGAACUUGCUUCUUCCCUAGAAACCAUUUCCAAGAACUUGGAUGUGAAGGUAAUGCAGCUUUUAGGAAAGAUAGAGGCAUCUGCCUCUGAGCACACCUCAAAUUUAAAGAUGGUUCGAGGAGAUUAUCAUCAUGAAAUAAACCUCUUAGAAUUCAAAUUUAACUCACUUUCUACAAAUAUAUAUGAAGAAGUUGAAACCAAUCAAAAAUGGACCGAAAACCAGUUUAUCAAGUACAGAAAAGACCACCUGAGCCACAUGAAUGAGUGUCUGAAGGUUGUGCAGGAAAAGCUGGAAAAAUCUGAGAAUAAGAUGGAAGAAAAAAUGCUGCAACUUUCAAGCAAGUUGGAGAAUUUUAUGAACUCCCAGAAACAGGAGGCAGAAGUAAACAAAGUGAAGGCCAUAGAAAAUAAAGUGUCCAAGAAAAUGAGCCAAAUAGAGAAGCGGAUCUGGGGGGAACUAGAGAAAAUGCAAAAUGACUAUCAAUCAGGAUUUAAAUCAAUCCACGACUCCCUCAAUUCUCUCCAACAAAUACAGAAAACAAAAAUGGAUUUAGAGAAACAUAAAGUACAGAAAGACCUAAAGAAAUUACAACGUAAAAUAGUGGAACUUCAAGAAGUGUAACUUUGAAGACACUGUCUUUUCCAGCAGCUGGUGCAAGGGUUUGUUGGGAAAAGUUGUGAAUAAGAAAGUGAAUAUCUUUAGGAUGUUACUUCUGGUAUUUCUUAUCACCUCUAAAAGAAAUCAACAUUCCAGGGGGAAAAGACACAAUAAAGCAAAAAGCUUCAUGAUGCCUUUAAUUUCUUAAUGAAAAAUUAAGAAAUUUGUUUUCAUGCAUGCAUAGUUAUAUUUUUAUUUUCCUACAAGUAAGAAAAGCAAAAUUUGUAUCAUGUACCUGAUGAAUAAAGUAAG